CAGACAUUCUCUUCUUCUAUCAAGUUCUGUGAUUCACAAGUACGAACAUUUCUGGUGAAUACCUCUCUUUUCUUCGACAAAAAGGGCCUUCAUCAUCUACUGGAUUUUGAUGCUUAGAACUUCAGCAUGGGAACUCCAGUAAACAUCGUAGUUGGAUCACAUGUCUGGGCAGAAGAUCCUGAAAAUGCAUGGAUUGAUGGUGAAGUGUCAGAAAUCAAUGGCAGAGAUGCCACCAUAAUUACCCCAGAUGGUAAAACUAUAGUUGCAGUUAUUGGAAGCAUAUAUCCAAAAGACACAGAAGCACCACCAGCGGGCGUUGAUGACAUGACCAAGUUAGCUUACCUUCAUGAGCCGGGGGUCCUACAUAACCUCACUUGUCGAUUUGCUCUAAAUGAAAUAUAUACUUACACUGGCAGCAUUCUCAUAGCGGUGAAUCCUUUUCGGAGACUGCCACACUUGUAUGACAUCCACAUGAUGGAACAGUACAAGGGUGCAGCUUUCGGGGAGUUAAGUCCACAUCUCUUUGCAGUUGCAGACACUUGUUAUAGGGCAAUGAUAAAUGAACAGGGAAGCCAGUCCAUAUUGGUGAGUGGAGAGAGUGGAGCCGGUAAAACAGAAACCACAAAGAUGCUCAUGAGAUACCUUGCAUUCAUGGGGGGCAGGUCUGGUGUUGAGGGAAGAACAGUAGAACAACAAGUUUUGGAGUCUAACCCAGUCUUGGAAGCAUUUGGAAAUGCCAAAACAGUGAAAAACAACAAUUCAAGUCGUUUCGGAAAGUUUGUUGAGAUUCAAUUUGACAAGCAUGGGAAGAUCUCUGGAGCUGCAGUUCGUACGUACCUCCUUGAAAGAUCACGUGUUUGCCAAGUUUCAGACCCAGAGAGAAACUAUCAUUGUUUUUAUAUGCUCUGUGCAGCUCCGCCAGAGGAUGUCAAGAAAUUUAAGCUAGGAGAUCCAAGAACAUUCCGCUAUCUAAAUCAGACGAACUGUUACGAAGUUGCAAAUGUAGAUGAUGCAAGAGAGUAUUUGGAGACCAGAAAUGCAAUGGAUAUUGUGGGGAUCAGCCAAGAUGAGCAGGAAGCAAUAUUCCGUGUGGUAGCUGCAAUCCUACAUCUCGGAAACAUCGACUUCAUCAAAGGGAAGGAAGUGGAUUCUUCAAAAGUGAAGGAUGAAAAGUCUCGCUACCAUCUUCAAACAGCAGCAGAGCUACUCAUGUGUAAUGAGAAGGCUUUGGAAGACUCACUUUGCAAGCGUGUCAUAGUGACUCCUGAUGGUAACAUCACAAAACCAUUGGACCCAAAUCAAGCCGCCCUAAGUCGUGAUGCCUUGGCCAAGACUGUUUACUCCCGACUGUUUGAUUGGAUUGUGGAUAAGAUUAACAAUUCAAUUGGUCAAGAUCCCAAUGCUGUAAGCAUUAUCGGAGUCCUUGAUAUUUAUGGCUUUGAAAGCUUCAAGAUCAAUAGUUUUGAGCAGUUGUGCAUUAACCUGACAAAUGAAAAGUUGCAGCAGCACUUUAACCAGCAUGUAUUCAAGAUGGAGCAAGAGGAGUACACAAGGGAGGAAAUAAACUGGAGCUAUGUUGAAUUUGUAGAUAACCAGGAUGUUUUAGAUCUUAUUGAGAAGAAACCUGGGGGUAUAAUUGCACUUCUCGAUGAAGCCUGUAUGUUUCCCAAGUCAACUCAUGAGACAUUUGCACAGAAGAUGUAUCAGACAUACAAGGGACACAAGCGUUUCAGUAAGCCAAAGCUUGCUCGAACUGACUUCACAAUCAACCAUUAUGCUGGUGAUGUUACAUACCAAGCAGAUCAGUUUCUCGAUAAAAACAAGGAUUAUGUUGUAGCAGAACAUCAAGCUCUAUUAUAUGCCUCAAGGUGCCCUUUUGUUGCUAGUCUUUUCCCUCCGCCAGAGGAAUCCUCAAAGCAGUCCAAGUUCUCUUCCCUAGGUAACCGCUUCAAGCAACAAUUACAAGCUCUUAUGGAGACGCUGAGCACAACCGAACCGCAUUAUAUCAGAUGUGUAAAGCCAAAUACAGUUUUGAAGCCUGGAAUCUUUGAGAACUACAAUGUCUUGGGCCAGUUGAGAUGUGGGGGUGUACUCGAGGCUAUUAGGAUAAGCUGUGCUGGGUAUCCAACAAAAAGAACAUUUGAUGAGUUCCUUGACCGUUUCGGAAUGCUAGCUCCUGAAGUUCUAGACGGAUCUGAUGAAAUAUCAGCAUGUGUUGCCAUCUGUGACAAAAUGGGCUUAAAAGGAUACCAGAUUGGGAAAACAAAGGUGUUUCUUCGAGCCGGGCAGAUGGCAGAAUUAGAUGCAAGAAGAACUGAAGUUUUGGCUAUUGCUGCUAGACGCAUACAGAGGCAGAUCCACACAUAUUUGACACGAAAAGAAUUUAUUUCUAUAAGAAGUUCCGCAAUUAAUUUACAGAAAAUUUGCAGAGGACAACUUGCCCGCAAGCUAUAUGAACACAUGAGACGUGAAGCAGCUUCAAUUCUCAUACAAAAGAUGGUACGAGCUUACAAAGCAAGAAGACAUUACACAAUCUUAAAGGCAUCAGCAAUAGUUAUUCAGACUGGAUUACGAGUAAUGGCCUCGCGUAAUGAAUACAGAUACAGAAGACAAACAAAGGCAGCAAUUAUAAUUCAGACUCAAUGGAGAAGCUUCCAAGCUAUGUCUUCGUAUAAGCACCAUCAGAAGGCUACUCUCAUACUCCAGUGUCUUUGGAGAGCAAAGACAGCAAGGAUGGUGGUCAGAAAGCUCAGAAUGGCUGCAAGAGAGACGGGGGCACUUAAGGAAGCUAAAGACAAGUUAGAGAAGCGCGUUGAAGAGCUGACAUGGCGACUAGAAUUCGAAAAGCAUCUAAGGAUUGAUCUAGAAGAAGCUAAAGCGCAAGAAAUUGUGAAGCUACAAAAUGAUUUAAGGGGAACUCAGCAACAACUAGACGAAGCACAAGCUGCAAUUGUCCUGGAAAAAGAAGCAGCAAGGUUAGCUAUAGAACAAGCACCACCAGUCAUCAAAGAAGUGCCAAUCGUGGACAACACCAAGCUAGAGCUACUAAGAAAUCACAAUGAAGAAUUGGAGGAUGAGGUAAGGACUCUCAAGAAUAAAAUUGAAGAAUUUGAGGACAAGUACUCUGAAGUCGAAAAAGAAAGCAAAGCAAGACUUAAAGAGGCAGAAGAAGCAGAAGUUAAAGCAACUCAACUUCAAGAGACAAUUGAAAGACUAGAAUUGAACUUGUCCAACCUCGAAUCAGAGAAUCAGGUUCUACGCCAGCAGACUCUGGUUGCUUCAACGAAUGAGGACAUCUCCACUGAACUAGAAAUCCUCAAGAGUAAGAUUGUGAGCUUGGAGUCAGAGAAUGAAUCACUUCGCAACAAAGCAUCUAUCAAGCAGAUAGCAAAUUCAGAAAGGGAUCCAUCAUUUAAGAGUUUGGAUAAUGGACAUCAGAUAGAAGAAGAACUUCAAACGGUAAAAGAGUCAGGACCUCUGGUCUUCCAAUUGACAAAACAAAAAUCCCUCACAGACAGACAGCAGGAGAACCACGAUGUACUUAUCAAGUGUCUUAUUGAAGAUAAGCGAUUUGACAAUAACAGACCUGUUGCUGCCUGUAUUGUGUACAAAGCACUUCUUCAUUGGAGAUCUUUUGAAGCAGAGAAGACAACUAUAUUUGAUAGGAUUAUUCAAACAAUCCGCUCAUCUAUAGAGAAUCAAGAGAACAACACUUAUAAUCUAGCAUAUUGGCUAUCGACAUCUUCUGCCCUUCUGUUUCUUCUGCAAAGUACACUCAAGGCAAGCAAUACAAGUAAUUUAGCUGCACAACGGAAACGAACUCAUCCUGUCACCUUGUUCAGUAGAAUGGCGCAGAGAGCUCGUUCAGCCACAACAACCAUGGGAAUUUCAACCGGGUACAGUGGAAUGGAAGGAACAGCCAACGAGCAGUCAAAAGUGGAAGCUAAGUACCCAGCACUACUGUUUAAGCAGCAUCUAACAGCAUGUGUAGAAAAAAUAUAUGGGAUGAUCCGUGAUAAUUUGAAGAAAGAGAUCAGUCAAUUCUUGAAUUUGUGCAUUCAGGCACCAAGAUCAGUGAGGGCUAGACCAUUAAGAGGCUCGUCUAAAAAUAUCCAUUCACAUAUUGUUGCAAAACAACAAGCAUCAAACAUACACUGGCAAAGCAUUGUCAGUAAGCUAGAUUAUGCCUUGGGCAUAAUGUUGGAGAACCAUGUCCCUUAUGUGGUCAUGGCAAAAAUAUACGAUCAGGUUUUCUCAUUCAUCAAUGUACAACUCUUUAACAGCUUAUUGCUUCGACGUGAGUGCUGCUCUUUUAGCAAUGGAGAGUAUGUGAAGGCAGGUUUACAGGAACUGAAACAGUGGUGCUUCAAAGCAACAGAUCAAUUUGUGCAGUCAUCGUGGGAUGAACUUCAACAUAUACGGCAAGCCAUUGGAUUUCUGGUCUUACAUCAAAAAGCUCUCAAGUCUCUGGAUGAGAUCACAAAUGAACUCUGCCCGAUAUUGAGCAUUGCACAAAUUUAUCGCAUCGGAACUAUGUUUUGGGAUGACAAGUAUGGAACCCAGGGUCUAUCUCCAGAGGUAAUUAGCAAAAUGCGAAUAUUGUUGGCAGAAGAUUCAAUCGACAUUCCUAAUAAUUCUUUCUUGCUCGACGUGGAUUCAAGCAUACCGUUCUCGAUGGAAGAGAUGUUCCAGUCCUUCAGUGACUUCACGCCAUCAAAAGUUGAUCCACCGCAGCUCCUUCGACAGAGGUCUGAUUUUCAUUUCUUGUUGCAAGCAAUGGAAUGAGCUUCCAUGUCUGAAGCCCUCCAAUUCAGAUACUAGCUUGUGAUCAAUUUUGGCAUUUCGUUUGUGCGUGCGAGUGCGAGUGUGAGACUGUGAGUGCAUGAAUGUGUAAAAAGGGGCUUUUUGGGGGGUGUUUUAGGCUUUUAGCCAUCAAUUCUUUCAUUCAUUUUUUUCUGGAGGUGAGGAUUUUUUAUUUUUUAUUUUUUAUGUAGCUGAGAAUUAUUACUUGACUAAUGAUAUUAAUGAGAAAAUGUAACCAUGUCACGUGUUUUAUGUAGUUUAUAUAAUAAAAAAUCAAUUUUUGG